AUGUCAUAUUCACAGUAUGCUCACCCUGGAUUCAUGGUCACCACAGAGAGUCACAAUACUGGAGACGAUAACAUCCCGCAUCAGUUGUUAUCACCAGCCCCAUCCGCUUCAUUCUCUCCAAUCGAUAUACGCGACUCUCCUCCCAUCGAGGAUGAGCUGGAUGUUACAGAAUUUUAUCAAUACAACAAGGAAAAAUACGAGAAUGCAAAAGCUGGGACUCGUAGACGACGGAAGGGGGGACGUGACGAGGGAGAUACGGCGUCUUCUUUGGAUGGUGAUGACGGAGAUGAAUCAAAUAGUACAUUGUCUCAUGCCGAAUUUCGUCGACGUAUUCACAUCCAGUCCGAGCAAAAACGACGCGCCGAGAUCAAAGACGGCUUUGAGGAACUUCGCAGACAGCUUCCGUAUGGUGUUCAUGGACGGAAAAUGAGCAAGGCUGUCGUACUGCAGAAAAGUCCAAAGGCCUUUGAAUGUAAGUUUGAAUUAAACCCGUCCUACAAACAAAAGCCUCGCGGCGAAACUCCAAAAAUCAUUGAUCAUAAUACGCAGUCGAGCCAUGCUGCUAGUUGG